AUGGUUGGCCUUCCAGCUUGGGGCCUUCAAAGCAUUUCACUAGACCUCUGUCUGUGAUGGCCCACUCUCUUUAGCCAAAGUGAGCUUAUCAUGUAAAGCGUGCCAUCAAAAUGGGGUUUCCUAAACACAGAUGAUUGAGUGCUGAGCAGCUAGGAAAGCUUAUCCACAGCUUUGAUUAAAGAUGACUUCCUUGUUUGUUCAAGAAAUUCGCCUCUCUAAAAGACAUGAAGAAAUAGUAUCACAAAGAUUAAUGUUACUUCAACAAAUGAAAAAUAAAUUUGGAGAUCAAAACACGGAAAAGGCAUCUCAGCUGCAAGCCGCAAAGACUGCUUUUAAAAGGAACCUUAGUCUUUUAAAGGAUAUAGAAGCAGCAGAAAAGUCCCUAGAGAGCAGGAUUUACCCAACUCCACAGCCUGAGGUGGUUUCUCUUGAGACUCAUUACUGGGCAUCAGUAGAAGAUUAUAUUCCCAAAUGGGAACAGUUUCUUUUAGGAAGAGCACCACAUCCUCUUGGUGUCGAAAAUCAAAAUGAAGCAGAAAAUGCCAUUCAAAAUGAGGAACAGAGAUAACUUCGUCACAUGCGACUUCAAAACACUUGCUUAAUAAAGCUGAAUAUUAAAGACUA